AUAGCAUAGCAUAACAUAUAUAUAGAUAGAGAGAGAGAGUAGAUAUAUAAGUAGAUAACAUGGUUUUCUACUGUAUUUGUGGCGGGUGCAACAACUCCAGCAAAAGUGGACAUAGGGUACAUUGCUUCCCCAAGGACAAAGGGAUUCUCCGAAGCUGGGUGCAAUUUGUCAAGGUUAGGCGGGCAGAUUUUUCAGCUAGCUCUGUUACCGCGUACUCCAGAAUAUGCAGCGCGCAUUUCAAGGAGGAGGAUUACCACCCAGGGGAUGCCAAGAUGGUCUCACUUGGUUUAAAGAGUAAGAGGACGGCGAAGUUAAUUCCUACCGCCGUGCCGUCUGUGCAUGCAAACCACUCUGCCUGCCCUGUCCCGAGGUCGAGAGACACCGUCUGCCGCAAGCGAGAGAUUGCCACGAUGUUGACAGACGCCUCACAGCAGGAGACCGUGCACAGUGUAGACACUGUGGAGAGUGUCGAUGCUGGGGAUCAGCCCUUGCCCUCCUCCACUUCUGACGCUGGGACACAAUGUUAUUUGAAGCCCCCCCGAUGGUCUCACGCUGUGCAGGUUAACCUGAAGCCCAAGAUGGUUAGCGUGGGCACACAGACUUCAAUCAGCCCACAAACCUCCACUCCCCUCGCUAGUCCUGAACAGACAGUUGACGAUGAUGAUGAUAAUGCCACUGUCAUCAGUGACUUGUCGUGGGUGCCCGAAGAGCCGAUGGAUGAGGAGGAAUUGUUUGAUGAGGAGCCACCUUACACGUGUGACCCCCACCACAAUUGCAUUGACAAAUUCAUUGUUUGCCAAGAGGAGCUGAUGGGCCUUUUUGCCAUCUGUCCGGCCUGUUGUGAGAGGUCGGAUAGGAGCAUCGUGCAGCAGGAAGGAACUUUUGUUAAGAUCAAGCAGGUCUGUGCAUCAUGUGGCUACCACCGUUUCUGGCAAAACCAGCCAAUGCUCCACAGGAACAUGCCAACCUGCAACCUCCUGUUAAGUGGGGCCAUUCAUUUUACUGGAUGUUUGGCCACACAGACACUAAGAAUGUUGACCCUGUUUGGCCUGCAGUGCAUCAGUGCGAGCAGUUUCUUUCGCCAUCAGCGCCGCUACACCAUCCCAGUAAUCGUUCAGGCCUGGCAGAAUGAUCAAGCCAAGAAUUUUAGUGACCUACGGGCAAUGGAUGGCGGGCUAGUUCUUGCUGGGGACUGCAGGUCAGAUUCUCCUGGGCACUGCGCAAAGUAUGGGUCAUACUCUCUGAUAGAGGACAGAGUGAACAAGGUGGUGGAUGUUCAGCUUGUUCAGAGCUCAGAGGUCCCCAACAGCUCAUGGUGUGAGCUUGAAGGGCUCAAGCGCAGUGUUGGCCUGCUGAGGGGAAACGACCUGCAUUUGGCAACGCUGAUCACGGACCGACAUCGCCAGGUUGCCAAAUGGGUGAGAGAGGAGCUGAUCCCUGAAGGGACACAGCAUUAUUUUGACGUGUGGCACAUUGCAAAAAGUCUGGGGAAGGCAUUGGAUGCAGCAUCCAAAGAGUGUGACCAACUACAGUUGUGGAGGCCAGCUAUAGUGAAUCACCUCUAUUGGACUGCAGCCUCAACCCCAGAUGGCAACCCAGCGGUCAUGGAGGCCAAAUGGAGAAGUUUAGUGAACCACAUCCAGGACAUCCAUGACCAUGACACCCCUGCCUUCUCCAGUUGUGCCCAUGGCCCUCUAGACGAAGAUCAGCGCAACAAAGAGUGGCUGGACCCAGGCUCAUUGGCAGCAGUCAAGUUGGAGAACAUAAUGAUGAGGGCUGCCUUGCUGAAAGAUGUUCGUCAGCUGUCUCCACAGCACCAGACCUUCUCCCUUGAGGCUUACCACUCCCUCAUCUUGCACUUCGCGCCCAAGCACACAGGGUUUUCAUACCUUGGGAUGUAUAGCAGGCUUCUCUUAGCGGCGCUGCAUUAUAAUCACAAUGCCAAUCGUGAGACAGCACGGAGAAGUGACGGGACGGAGAAGUACUGCGUGCGGUAUCCGCGCUUCAGAAAAGGUGCCCAUGUGGUGCGUCCCAUCAAAGAGGCAGCCUCAUACGGUUAUGCAACAUCAUUAAUGAAGGCCCUUCGGGAGAGCUACGACAAUUCACCCGCGGUUCUUCGAGAGGUUGGCGCCAAUUUGUCCUCCGAUGCACCCGCCCCCAUCGCCAAAUCCUUCGAACAGAUUCCUAAGGAGGAGGCCAUCAGCCUCUACCUAGCCCGGCAGUCACGCUUCAAGAAAACCUAAUUUCACAUUAUUAUUUUUUUCC